CUCGCGUGCGUAGCGCAGCGCGAUGUUCCGCAUGUAGAGUUCCUUACGUACAGUUCCCAAAUUAGUGAGAACUUUGAAUUUUUUCGAGUGCCGUAUUCUUAGGUGGACAGUAAAAAUUUUUCAAGUGGCGUAUACUUUUAGUAUUAGCGCCACUUCGCACGUAGCGAAAGUGCCUGUGUAUGAAACAGUUUUUCAGUAGGAUACUAAUAGAACGAAAGUGACUGUGACAAUUUGGUGACCGCGUGACAUAGUGCAGUGAGUGUGGCUUGUGUUAACUGACACCAAAGAUAACAAGAUGAAUCAAAAGUGCAAAGUCUGCGGGGAGCCCGCGGCAGGGUUUCAUUUUGGAGCAUUCACCUGCGAAGGAUGCAAGUCCUUCUUCGGGCGCUCCUACAACAACUUGAACUCGAUAACGGAGUGCAAGAACAACGGGGAAUGCGUCAUCAACAAGAAGAACAGAACGGCGUGCAAGGCGUGCCGGUUACGGAAGUGCCUCAUCGUCGGCAUGUCGAAGUCAGGCUCCAGAUACGGCCGAAGAUCCAACUGGUUCAAGAUCCACUGCCUACUCCAGGAGCAGCAGCAGCACUCGCAAUCGCAGUCCCCGCCCAGGGUGCCUCCUUCCCCGCACCUGGCACCGCCGUUCCCCCCUCAUCUGUUCCCUGGACUCGCCAGACCGAGAACCGCAGAGGAGCUUGCUUUGCUCGGCUUCGAUGACUACAAAGCACCCUGCUCGAGCUCCCCGGACUCACACCGGAGCGGCCCGUCUCCAAAACAGGAAGAGAAAACCAGAAUCAACCACUCCCGGCAACCAGAGAGACCGCUGACGCCGCCCAGAGACUUCGUGCCCAUGCCGCUCCCCUUGCCCCACUUCGCGCACUCCACCUUCCUCCAGCCGCCCCCGUUCAACCCGUUUGUGCCGAAUCACCCAUUCCUCCUGCCACCUGGAUUCCAUCCGCUGUAUUCCCGGCACCUAUUCGAGCAGGCCGCGCUCAGACAGGUCGCGGAGAACAACAACGAUCUUAGAUUUGAUGACCACAACAGCAGUCCGACGAAGCGGUUCUUCUACGACACCAAUCUAAAACCUGAGCGGACGACGCCAGCAAUACCGAGAGAGGAAGUGGUCUCUGGGCCGGAGUUCGUGCCCACACCUCCAGCGGAGAGGAGAGCAUCCGAGUCACCGUUGCAGGAGAAUCCCAUGGAUCUGUCGGUGAAGUUGGACGGGCGGUCGAGCUCGGAGCGACGGGGGUCCGACGACAGCGAGGCGCUAGCCCCCGACAACGACGCCGACUCCCUGAGCGACCACGCGUCCGCGAGCGAGGAGGAAGAUAUCUCCUUCUCGCCCAUGAAGAGGCACAAACAGAACCCCCUCGACCUGACGACCAAAGUCUGACGAUGACGUCACUAUACAAAGUAAGGGCCAGUAGCGGAGAUUAGUGUGAAUACUUAGUAUCCAAAUACUUAAAUUAGGCACCGACCCGGUGUACGAGUGUUAAUUAUGUAAAUAAUAAAUUAUUGUACUCUAAGUUAGGUUAGUUAGUUGGUUUUAUAAAAUGGAUCUUGUAAUAUAUGCUGGCGUAUUAAUUAAAUUAUUUUAGUGGUUUCAUUGAAGUGUUCGAUAGUUUAAUGUAUUGUGAAUGUAUAACAUUUUUUACUUUCCUUGGUAAACCCUGUUAGUAUUUUAUACGUGUAUCUGUAUACUGUGUAUGUUUUAAUACAUAAACAUUGGGACACUCCAAGACUUAGCUAGAACAUUGCAUUCCAAUAUUAGUAUUUACAAAAGUAUUUUUAUAUUGUUAAUUAAAA